UAAAUAGGAGUAAAAAAUAAAUUUUCUUGACUUACCCAGAAAGCUUUUGGGUUUCUUAUGAUAAGACUUGAGCACAAGACAUAAAAGAUAGAAAGAAAAUUAUAAAAACCAAUCAUUAUUUUUAAAAGCAAGUUAUGCAAAGAGAGACAUCGGAUUCUGCAAGUAAAGAAACCAGUUGAUCCAUAAAAUAUAAGCCAGUUACUGUCAUAUCAUGUUUCUAUCAAUCAUCUGCUUACUAGCAAGCUCUGAUUUUACAGAUAUUGUAAAUGUCAUACUAUUUUGUUAAUUACUUUUGCAUAGCUGAAGAAGAACUUUGAUACAUAUUAUUUAGAUCACUAUUAUGGCAUUAUUAUGUCUUUUGGACUGACACGCAAGGCCACUAUAUAGUAAUCAACAAGAGAUUACUGAUAAAGACAAAUAUUUGGUGAAUUGCCCUCAUCGCAAAUUGGCCCCAGGAUUGCCGUCCUUUGCAGGAAGAUAAAAUCCUUUCCAUCAAGUGGACACAGUUCAUGAAAGCAAAUAAUAUGACAAUAUUAGAGUAUCAAUUGAAAGGUUAAAAAAAUACUUUUUUAAUUUUGUAUGAUAUCAUAAUUUUUGAAUACUAAUAUCUCAGCUUCUUGUUAUUUGCUGAAGAUAAAAGAAUUGUCUUAUAUGAAAACAUCAGAAUAAGGGUAUUCAUUAGGUCUUUUAUCUCUUACGGGGAAUCAUCAAAUCUAUGAUGGAUUUUCUUAUUUUCCUUUUAACUAAGCAGAAUAUAUAAGAUUGUUAAAUUCAGAAUUAUGGAGACGGCACGGGACACUCAAUUUUUUAAUUUUUGAGUUUCCCCAUCUUCAAAUUUUCUAAACUAUAUAAUAACAUCUAAUUACACAUUCCAUUUCACCCGAAGGCUACACCACAAAUCUACUCUUCAAUUGCAAUGGAGCUGAUCAAAGUUUUCUUCAUUGCCCUUCUCAUUCUUCAAGUUCUUUUUCCCUGCAAUGCAUCAAUCCAAGCCCCUAAGAAUUCAAACCUCUUCAGAGAAUAUAUAGGAGCUGAAUUUAACAAUGUCAAAUUCAGUGAUGUUCCUAUUAACUCAAACGUUGAAUUCCACUUCAUUCUCUCUUUUGCCAUAGACUAUGACACCUCGAGCUCUCCCUCACCCACCAAUGGAAAAUUCAACGUCUUCUGGGACUCAGAUAAUCUCAGCCCUUCACAAGUUUCUUCCAUCAAAAGUCAGCAUUCAAAUGUCAAAGUUGCAGUGAGCCUUGGAGGGGACAGUGUGGCUAAUGGCAACGCUUACUUCAACCCUUCCUCAGUGGACUCUUGGGUUUCCAAUGCCGUUUCUUCCCUCACAAGCAUCAUAAAACAAUACAACUUGGACGGAAUUGACAUUGACUAUGAACACUUUAAUGCUGAUCCUGAUACUUUUUCUGAAUGCAUUGGGCGCCUUAUAAAAACUCUCAAGAAUAAUGGGGUAAUCUCUUUUGCUUCUAUCGCUCCAUUCGACGACGACCAAGUUCAGAGCCAUUACAAGACCUUGUGGAAAAACUAUGGUGACCUCAUAGAUUAUGUGAACUUCCAAUUCUAUGCGUAUGAUGAGGGAACCACUGUAUCUCAGUUCAUGAAUUACUUCAAGACUCAGAGCUCAAAUUAUGAUGGUGGUAAGGUCCUAGUAAGCUUUAUUAGUGAUGGAAGUGGGGGUCUCUCGCCAAAUGAUGGGUUCUUUACAGCCUGCAGUAAACUGAAGAGUCAGAAUGAACUUCAUGGUAUCUUUGUUUGGUCUGCAGAUGACUCUAAAGCAAAUGGUUUCCCCUAUGAGAAGCGAUCACAAGCACUUUUGGCAAUUCCCCAUUAGAAUUAUUAUUUACACUAAACUUGUUCUGCUAUUAUAUACAAAUCAGGGGUGUGUCUUUAUGUACUGUUUGUAAUAUCUACUAUAUAAA